CAACAACCAAGCAACCAAGCACAGAUGAACAGAACUUGCCGUGUUUGCCAGUCACCAUAUGUCCUCAGGUGGAGACAAUUAGCUCCCGGGCCUGCCGCGUGGUAGAUCAAACAAUCAUGAGGCCCUUGUCAGCUUGUCUCGCUUGCCGCGAGCGCCGGAAGAGAUGUGAACGUCCCCGUCGAGGAACAAGUUGCAAAUUUUGCAUCAAAAGAAAACUUGAAUGCUCAAUGAGCCCCAAACUUGAUGCCGAGUCGGACAAGGCCUAUGGACUGCUCAAGCACCACCGGAUUGACACUAACCUAGGUUCUGCAUCAACUGGGCCUUUAAGUCAAGACUUGUCAGAAGAGCUGGUUAGGCUAUACUUUCAGUAUAUCCAGGGUGGUUUUCCAAGUCUGUUCCAUGAGCCUUCUUUCAUGGCAGAUGUCAGAAAUGGGACAGUUCCCCCGAUACUCUUUUAUGGAGUCAUUGGCCUUUCUGCUCGCUUUUCGCGGCACCCGAGUCUAAGCAACAUUGACCCCUGGGAGCGUGGCAGACCCUACGUGAAAGAAGCGGAGAGAGUACUGGACCUGCACGUCGUGUCUUUGACGACAAUCCAGGCUUGCAUGUUACUGGGCUUGAAUUUCGUUGUUGAAGGGGAGUCCCGGACAGAGUGCGUCUACUUUGCUAUCGCUGCUCGGAUGGCCUUGCUAUUAGAUCUGCCAAACGCCUUGACCAAAACUCCUCUUGAACAGGAAAUUAACCGAAGAGUUUGGUGGUCAAUAGUUACUACCGACACGUGGAACUCGGGCAGCCUCUGCCUGCCCAGAGCGGUUAAUCCUCAAGACAGCGAUCCAUUGCCUGUGGAUGAAUGGACAUUUGCAGAGAUGAGCCCAGCUACACAAUUUAUCACAGACCCAUCAGACGACGGACGGCUAAGCCAAACUGCAAAGCCUUCGCUAUCAGCACUUGCUCGUCUCGUUAAGCUCAACAAACUUCUCUACGAGAUCUACAAACUGAAUGCCAUCAUCGUGGAUGAGCGCUUGCAGAUCGACUCGGUUGAGAGUCUGAUAGAAUCCCUGUCCGCCUCUCUCGACGAAUGGUUGUCUAAGUUGCCCUCCCGGAUGCAGUACACAGAGGCCAAUAUGUCAUAUUGGGCUGAACAAGGCUUCGGGCGUAUCUUCUUAGCCCUUCACAUCAAUUACAACCAUGCAGCGCAGCUACUCUUCUACCAAUUUCUUGACUUCAGUCAAGCCGCCAAUGGAGGCUACUCGCUUGAUACAGCACAAACCUACGCCGACAAAUGCAAACACCAUGCUGCAGCGCUUUGCGAGCUCAUCUACCAGGCGAGAGAGCAGCACGGCAUCGACCUUCGAUACACUCUCAUAGGCCAUGUACUUGUCAUGACCUCAACAGUCCAGAUACACAGCCUUCUAUUCAGCGUGGACGAAAACAAGAUUGCGCUCGCCAAGGUUCGUCUUGAGCGGAACUUUGAGAUGAUAUCACGCCUUCACACAUACUGGCCCAACGUGUCUGCUUCGUUCAGCAGACUUCGAACAUUUCAUAGUGCAUGUUUGAAAAGCAGACACAGUCCAUUCCGUCUAGACAGGUGGAUGCUGCGAUUUAUGCUGGAGUUCUCUCAGCCCAUAGACGAAAGGGACGAGGAAGUGGCGGCUGACCCUGAAGAUUCAAAGCCAUUUCACCAGUUGAAAUACCUUAUCGAUCCAUAGCUUCGCAUAAUCUGCGCAAAUUGACAAGCCAGUCUCGAUUUGGGACCUUUUGUAUCGGUAUGGCGUCUGUUUGAAGUUGUCGUCGUCACAUGCUGCGAGAGGAGUUUCAGAAACAACCAACGGGACAGCCCUGGUCUGGUUACAAGGACCACCUACAAUAGCUAGAAUUUAAGUGCAACAGUCCG